AUGGCUUCCGCCGCCGUCAAGUCUUACAGCGUCACCUCCAAAGAGGAGUUCUAUGGACUCCCGACAUUCCCCGAGGCGGAAGGCAAGAAGUACUCUGCCAUCGUGACGGGCGCCAAUGGCAUCACUGGAGCUCAUAUGCUUCGCGUUUUGGCUGAGGCCCCAGAGCGCUGGGGAACUAUUUACGCUCUGAGCAGAAAGCCUCCGAGUGUUCGCAUCCCGGGAAACGUCAAAUACCUGGCCAUUGACUUUCUCGCGUCGCCCGAAGAAAUUGCGCAGCAAUUAAAGGAGCAGGUCCCGAAAGUGGAUUAUGUUUUCUUUGCUUCUUACAUCCAGGCCCCUCCCAAGGAAGGCCAGGGCGUCUGGUCUGACGCCGAGGAAAUGGAGCGUCUGAACAUGCUGCUUCUUUCCAAUUUCCUCUCUGCAUUGACUCUGGCCCAAAAAGUUCCGAAGCGGUUCCUCCUUCAGACAGGUGCCAAGCAUUAUGGAGUGCACCUUGGACCUGCCUUGAACCCGAUGGAGGAGUCAGACCCUCGUUUCCUUGCCCAGCCUAACUUCUAUUUCCCCCAAGAAGACCUUCUUUGGAAAUGGUCGCGUGAAAAUGGCACUGAGUGGAACGUGACACGGCCCGGUUUCAUCAUUGGUGCUGUCCCUGAUGCGGCGAUGAACAUUGCCAACGGAUUGGCGCUCUAUGCUGCUAUCCAGAAGGAGCUUGGACAGCCACUCGAAUUCCCUGGAGACAUUGCGGCCUGGGAUGCUGAAAAGCACUUGUCGUCUGCGCUUUUGAUCAGCUACCACGCUGAAUGGACAGUUCUGACACCAUCCACCGGUAAUCAGGCUCUGAAUAUUUCCGACGGCAGCGUUUUCAGCUACGGCAAGUUUUGGCCUGUCCUUGCUGCUGCUUACGGUAUCCCAUAUGGAACUUCAGAGGUCGAUGACUCCAAGUUCCAAACUGUCGAAAUGCCAAUCGCUCCUCCUCCUCGAGGCUUUGGACCUGCUGGCAAGAUCAGAAUCGCCCGCAGUUUCGAGGCGUGGGCACACAAGCCCGAAGUCAAAAAGGCAUGGGAGACUUUGAAGGCACGACACAAUUUGACACCCAAGCCCGAUCCUUUCGAUAAGGUGCAGGAUAUCUUUGGAUUGCUGGACGGAGAAAUUCUUGGCCCUUGGGGAAGGAGUUUGAGUAUGAACAAGAGCCGAAAGCAAGGAUGGAAUGGAUUCAUUGACUCAAACGACUCUUUUUUCAAGACCUUUGAGGAGUUGGCCGAUCUGAAAAUGAUUCCGCCUUUCCAGCGACCAAAGUCUAUUGAUAUAAAGUAUCACGGCUAUUAA